AUGGCUUCCUUUAAAGAGGAGCCCUUAGCAGCAGGCCUGCUUACGGUUCUUGUCACUUCUUUCGCCCCUACUCCGACCGCCGCCGCAUCCGCUUCUUCAUCGUUUCGACAUUUACCUUCGUCGACGUCGGGCUCUGAUUCGAAUACUGGCGGCCACAAUGGAGGGCAUAUACAUGAAUGGUCGUCUCUGAUUGGUAUUGUGACUGCAUUGGUGGGAAAUGUGCUGAUAUCUCUGGCGCUCAAUAUUCAACGUUACGCUCACAUCCGGAUCGAGAGGGAGUGGGAGCAGAGCAAACUUCAAAGGGAGAUACAGUGGAAACGGGCCAACUCGGGCCGGAAUGCAGCAGGUGUCUACGGAGCUACCGUAGAUGAGGAGGAUGACAGAGAACCUAGACGAGAGGGAGGCCCGUUUCCUCGUUAUCGAGACGAGUCUCCGGAUUCCGGGCCAGAAUUACCCGAGGACUUUUCAAGACGGAGCGACGAGUUCUCGGAUGGAGAAUCAGGCUCUCGCGGUCGCCUACGCGAGUCCUUUCUAUCGGACCAAACUAUACGUGCUGGGGAUAAGGAUUCGCGCCAUGGCCGGCGCAAAUCAUACCUCCGCUCGCCGUACUGGUGGGCGGGCAUCGUGCUCAUGUGUCUCGGCGAGAUCGGUAACUUCAUGGCAUACGGGUUUGCUCCUGCAUCGAUUGUGUCCCCGCUAGGCGUCGUCGCGUUGAUCUCAAACUGCGUUAUUGCCCCAAUAAUGCUCAAGGAGAAGUUUCGGCAACGCGAUGCCUGGGGGGUGCUCAUUGCAAUCGCUGGCGCUGUUGUGGUCGUGCUCAGUGCCAGUUCGUCGGAAGAGAAAAUCGGUCCACAUGAUAUAUGGGUCAUGAUCACGCGCUGGGAAUUCGAGCUGUACUUGGGUCUGACAGCCUGCUUGAUAAUCGCUCUCAUGUGGGUGAGCCACAUGUAUGGCUCUCGAACUAUCCUUAUAGAUGUCGGGCUAGUCGCGCUGUUUGGUGGAUAUACCGCUUUGUCGACAAAAGGCGUCUCAUCGCUGCUGUCAUUUACGCUUUGGCAUGUUAUUACUUUUCCGAUCACCUACCUACUGGUGUUUGUCCUUGUUUUCAGCGCUCUGAUGCAGAUUCGGUACAUCAACCGGGCUUUGCAACGUUUUGAUUCCACCCAAGUCAUCCCAACGCAAUUCGUACUCUUCACAUUGUCGGUUAUCGUUGGAAGUGCCGUUUUAUACCGCGACUUUGAGAACUACACCGCUGAGCGCGCCUCAAAGUUUGUCUCUGGCUGCCUUAUGACAUUCCUAGGCGUGUACUUUAUCACGAGCGGCAGGGUCCGUGCAGAUGACGAGUCUUCUUUCUCCAUUGAUGACGAGGAAGAAGCGAUUGGGCUUCUAGGAGGAGAGCGGUAUCAGGACAGUGUUGGCAUUGCCCCUCCUGCGCAUCAAGCUAGGACACGCAAACCCGGGCAGAGGCAAUCAAUACCUGAUGAAAACGAUCUACAGUCCCCGUCGGGAUCUUUACUGAGCAAUGGAAUUGAGGGCGUUGAUGAGGACCAACCCACCCCCAAGGGUGCUCUGUCUGCUGCUCCUUCAUCUCCCGUCGGCUCCCUGACCGCGGAAUCUCUUACACAGCCAUCUCCCGGGCAUCCAUCUUCCUUACACUCGCACUCGCACUCCCUGUUAACGAACCCAUGGGCGGACCACUUGGACCAACACGUUCAGGCUUCCAAAUCCGAACCUCAGCUUCACCGACCAGCCACUCCGAAACAGUCCGACACUGCCAACACUGAUUCAGCGGUCCUCUUGCAGUUUCCCCCUGCCCCUGGCAUUGAAGAUCACGGUUACCGACUCUCGUCUCCGUCCAAGCCCGACCACGUUGAACCGGCUGACCGAGGAAAUACCGUCCCUCAGACUCCUCCCCCAAGGAACUUACGCAAUUCUAUAUCUAAGCAUUUCUCUCCAGGCCCACUUCUCCCUACCCUUUCAGCAGGUUUCAGUGCGGUCGUUGCCGAAUCACUUCGCCGCGGCGAAACGAGUCCCCUGAAAGACCGAAAGACGCAUAAGCGAUCCGCUCGAAGAAAACACCUAAGUACAACAGCCUUUGACGGCUACAUGCCCAACAGGAACAGUGACUUGAGAGACCCUUCAGAUGAGGUGGAUGCGGGUGCGGACCAGCAUCUUCCAUUCCGACUUGCGACUGCUCGACUCCAUUCUACUGGGGAUCUCCCGACGGCUCCUGAGACCGUUGGUAACGCUAUCCCGGUUGUAGACUCAGAAGAUCAGUCCAUCAGUCAAAGUGGAAACGGUAUCACCACGCUCACCCGACUUCGCAGCCUUAGUGAUUCAUGGAGUGGAAGUUUAGCAUGGCUUGGUGGCGCUCUACGAAAGCCUAACAGCAGCAACAAGGCGUUGGACAAUACGACAACAGUCGAAGCAAACGAGAAUGACGGUAGCACCGAGACUCAUGAUGGAGAAGGCGGUCGCCAAAGUGGCGCAGAUACGCAGGCAUAG